UCUCCUUUUCCUUCGUGUUCCCCCUUCUCAUUUCUCUUUACAAAAUUGCAAUCAGAAGCGCGGUCUUCAAGAUUACUUUCUCUCAUUAAAUUAAUUUAAGAUGUCUUGCAAAUUUCUAGUCUAAAAAAGAAAAAAAGUUGGUGAAAUUUCAAUUUAUUUUAUAUAUAUAUAUUUGGCUGUUGUUUUUGUUGAUUAGAAACGCGUUAAUGUCUUUACGAGUCGUCUCUAAUGAUUAGCAUAAUCUGGAGAGAUAUGGGAGAUGACCUAAUUGCGUGUUUUUAGUCGUUAAUUAGGCCUAUUUAUGUGCCUUGCAGUAUUUCCCAAUCGUGCAAUAACAUUUUCGCUGUCUGAUGGCUGUCUUUACGUUGUUAUUUUUAAUUCUGUGGUUACGAAUAUGAGGAUGGGGAU